AGUCUUCAGUCAUUCAGCCAAAUUAAUUACAUUUUGAUUAUUUAACUGAAAACAAAGCAAGUAUAUUAAAAUUAAACUUAAUAACUGGCAUAAUUUGUGUAUGCAGGUAUUUUUUCAGUUAUUAUUAUAAUGGGUUACGUGGUUAAUCAUAAAUUGACCAUAAAAAAUGGUGGAGAAACUGUCAAAUUCGUAUAUAAAUGAAGUGGGCUGCGAACGUCCCCCUUUUAUAACCUCAAAAAUGCGCGAGAAGUGUUAACAUUUUGAUGGUGAAGUGAGCUAAUUUUAUCAUUUAAUUGGUGUUAAAGUGAACGGAUUAUCAAAAUGCCUUCCAAGAAGAGAAAAUACAAUGCAAGGUUUCCAGCUGGGCGAAUCAAGAAGAUUAUGCAGACUGAUGAGGAAGUGGGGAAAGUGGCCCAAGCUGUACCAAUCAUAAUCUCGCGGACAUUGGAGCUGUUUGUCGAGUCGUUGCUCAGCAAAGCGAUGCAGGUGACGAUGGCGAGGAAUGCGAAGACGCUCAGCCCUUCGCACGUGAAACAGUGCAUCCUAGCAGAGUCCAAGUUUGACUUCUUACGGGAUCUGGUAAAAAACAUCCCCGAUGUGUCAGCGGCUGAGGAGAAAGAAAUGAUGAGCGCAGAAAGUUCACCAAAUUCUUCUAGAUUUUCAGAAAUGACGGGUCCACCUCGGAGGAUAGCAAGAGAAGACUCGAACAGCUCGAGCAGUUGUGACGUCAAAAUAGUACCUUUACAACCUCCGCCGAACUUAAAACGAGCGCUGUCCACAGAAACAGAGCUACCUAACAAACACGUGAGAACGGAAACCGUCACGUCGACAUCAUUAGACACAGCCAUAGACCUUUCAAAGAAGUCCACGGAAGAGAAACCGGUGGUAACAGCGAAUUUCUACCAAGAGACGUUGUUAACGGACGAAAUGCAGCAUAGGAGUGUCAUCAAACUUAACCCCACAUACUCAAGUCCUCAGCCCUCAACGAGCUACACGGCCGAACUUCCUAAAAUUGAUGUGCCAAAGCCAGCCGUCAUAGAAAAAUCCGUAGCACCUAGGACCCCCGUCACACCAGUAACACCCAUCCUAAAUAUAGACUUUACGAAAAGUCUAGCGAAACCAGAAAUUAAAUUGUUAGACACCGCGGCAGUCGCUGCCUUACCUAAAAAAGAGACUAUACGACAAAUUAAUAGGCAGAACUCGAAAACAGUUAGACCUGAAGUGAAAAAGAUUGAAAUUAGACCAGUGCAACCGCACGUUGACAUAGACAGUUUAAAUUCUGGCAAUCUACAGAUAGACGAAGAUUAUGAUACCUGAGUAUGUAUGUAAGGUUGUUUUUUGUAUUAAGUUGUUUUGGCGCGAUAUUUAUCAACCGUACUCUAAUUUUUAAGUGUUGUUUUUUAUAAUUU